AUGCAGUGGUUAAUUAGCAACAACAACAAAAACAAUAAUAAUUCUUUAAUAAAUUGCAAUUGGCGAAGUUUUAUUCUAGUUAUCCUAUUGGUAGUGAGCAUUUUUAGUAAUUCCAAUUAUGUAUACGCUUUGAAGCACUAUACCAAAGAACGUAAAUUAGAAUUACGUGAACAAGUACGUGGUAUGUUCCAACAUGCCUAUGAGGGAUAUUUAAAAUAUGCCUCUGAUUAUGAUGAACUCAGGCCGUUGACAUGUGAUGGCGUAGAUACCUGGGGUAGUUAUUCGUUGACCAUGAUUGAUUCAUUGGAUACCCUGGCUACAAUGGGAAAUUUUACGGAAUUUCGUAGAAUAGCAAAGCUAUUGGAGGAGAAAAUGGAUUUUGAUCGGGAUAUUAAUGUAUCGGUUUUUGAAACCAAUAUACGGAUAGUUGGAGGUUUGUUAUCGGCUCAUUUGCUGUCCAAAAAGGCCGGGGUGGAGUUGGAAGAAGGUUGGCCAUGUCAGGGUCCCCUGUUGCGCAUGGCUGAGGAUGUGGCAAAACGUUUGCUGCCGGCAUUUGAAACCGCCACCGGUAUGCCUUAUGGUACGGUGAAUUUACGAUAUGGUGUGCCUAAAGGUGAAACAUCUAUAACAUGUACAGCGGGAGUGGGUACAUUACUGGUGGAGUUCGGUACCUUAUCCCGUUUGACGGGAGACAGUAUAUACGAAGAGGUGGCCUUGAAUGCGUUACAUUCGCUGUGGAGACGAAGAUCCAACAUUGGUCUGUUUGGCAAUCACAUUGAUGUACAAAGUGGCCGUUGGACAGCUUUAGAUUCAGGAAUCGGUGCUGGCGUCGAUUCACUUUUUGAAUAUAUGGUCAAGGGGGCAAUACUAUUGCAACGGCCAGAGUUACUGGACAUGUUUCAUUCAGCCCGCCAGGCAAUUGAUAAAUAUUUACGCCAUGAAGAUUGGUAUGUGUGGGCCAAUAUGAAUAAGGGUCAAGUCACAUUGCCGGUUUUUCAAUCUUUGGAAUCAUUUUGGCCGGGCAUUUUGAGUAUGGUUGGAGACAGAUCUCCGGCUAUUAAGACAAUGGCUAAUUAUGCAAGUGUUUGGAGGAAGUAUGGUUUUUUGCCGGAAUUUUAUACCAUUACAACGGGGGAGGCGGCAGCGAACAGAGAAAGUUAUCCGUUACGGCCGGAACUAGUCGAAUCAGCAAUGUAUUUAUAUAGAGCUACGAAGAAUGAAUUCUUGUUGGAGUUGGGUGAAAGUAUGCUGCAAACUAUUGAACAUAGUGCCAAGACCAGAUGUGGUUAUGCGACGAUUCGCAAUGUUGUCACCCACGAAAAAGAGAAUCGCAUGGAAUCCUUCUUCCUGUCGGAAACCACCAAAUAUUUGUACCUACUUUUCGAUGAGGACAAUUUUCUACAUAACGAUGCUGGCAGGGGAGAUAUUAUCGACUUGGGAUCCCGCAAUGGUGGCGGGCAAUGUGUUAUUAACACCGGACCAUACAUUUUCAAUACCGAAGCCCAUCCCAUUGAUAUGUCUGCUCUGCAUUGUUGUUAUGAUCACAAACAGGAUAUGUUCGAUGGCUUGGAUUUACAAAAUUUCAGUGACUCGACAUUGGCGAAAUUUGAUUAUGAAACAAAUAUCAAAGAUAAAACAGAAAGUGAUUCCAAAGUUUUGUAA